GUCGGCCGCCCUGCCCGCGGGAGCCACCGAGGGAUGAGGACGCUACAGCCCGGUGGAUCGCCCUCUCUGCUCUCACGGCCCCGAGCGCGCCGCGCCCCGGAGCCGGGCUCAGCCUGACGCCCGGCCCUCUCCCGUCGCGCACAGCACCCCGCCGCCGGUGACCCGACCCCCCAGCUGCCUGCUGCAUGGACCGGCUGCAGAAGCAACCACUGACCUCCCCCGGGAGCGUCAGCUCCUCCAGAGAUUCCAGUGUGCCCGGCUCUCCCUCCAGCAUCGUGGCCAAGAUGGAUAAUCAGGUGCUGGGCUACAAGGACUUGGCUGCCAUCCCCAAGGACAAGGCCAUCCUGGACAUCGAGCGGCCUGACCUCAUGAUCUACGAGCCCCACUUUACCUACUCUCUCCUGGAGCAUGUGGAGCUGCCCCGGAGCCGGGAGCGCUCGCUGUCCCCCAAAUCCACAUCCCCCCCUCCAUCCCCAGAGGUGUGGGCGGACAGCCGGUCCCCCGGCACCAUCUCUCAGGCUGCAGCUCCAAGAACCACGGGGACCCCCCGGACCAGCCUGCCCCAUUUCCACCAUCCCGAGACCACCCGCCCAGAUUCCAACAUCUACAAGAAACCCCCCAUCUACAAGCAGAGAGAGUCUGUGGGGGGCAGCCCCCAGAGCAAACACCUCAUUGAGGACCUCAUCAUCGAGUCGUCCAAGUUCCCUGCGGCACAGCCCCCCGACCCCAACCAGCCAGCCAAGAUAGAAACCGACUACUGGCCGUGCCCCCCGUCGCUGGCCGUUGUGGAGACGGAAUGGAGGAAGCGGAAGGCAUCUCGGAGGGGCGCUGAGGAAGAAGAGGAGGAGGAAGAUGAUGAUUCUGGGGAGGAAAUGAAGGCCCUGAGGGAGCGUCAGAAAGAGGAGCUCAGUAAGGUUACUUCCAACCUGGGAAAGAUGAUCCUGAAAGAAGAGAUGGAAAAGUCACUGCCUAUCCGGAGGAAAACCCGCUCCCUGCCCGACCGGACCCCCUUCCACACUUCCUUGCACGGUGGAACCUCCAAGUCAUCUUCUCUUCCCGCCUACGGCAGGACCACCCUGAGCCGGCUUCAGUCCACAGAAUUCAGCCCAUCGUCAGGGAGUGAGGCCGGAAGUCCAAGUAAGUCCAACGGAGAGGGCCAGAGGGGGAGGAUGGACCGGGGGAGCUCCCUGCCCUGUGUGCUUCAGCAGAAGAUCUACCCCUACGAAAUGCUGGUGGUGACCAACAAGGGCAGAACUAAGCUGCCGCCUGGUGUGGACCGCAUGAGGCUGGAGAGGCACCUGUCGGCCGAGGACUUCUCCCGGGUCUUCGCCAUGUCGCCCGAGGAGUUCAGCAAGCUGGCCCUGUGGAAGCGGAACGAGCUGAAGAAGAAGGCCUCCCUCUUCUAGCGCCGCUCCGUCCCACUGCUGCGGGAUCUGCAGCCUAGGGGGUCCCCCACCCCCAAAGCAUCCUCUCUGGGGGGAGCAGCUGGCGCAGAGGCAGGCUUGGCUGCAUCCCUUGGGGCGAGGGAGAGGCAAGUCCUCUGCCAUGCUGGGUCGGGGGGACACAGCCUCUUCCCUGCAGUGAGCUGGGGUGCCCCCUCCGGUCCUCCCUGCACUUAAUGUUGGUGUUCCCUCCCUCCCCCAUCCCCGCACAAGGUCCCCAGAGAAGUCAGGGGCAAUGAAGGUGGCACUCAGUGGUCAGGCCUGUCUGCUGUCUUUUUUGGUUGUUGGUUUUUUGUUUUUAUUUUUGUUUUGUUUUGUUUUGUUUUGGGGGGGUCGGUGUCACACCCAGCAGUGCUCAAGGCUGACUCUUGGGCUCUGCACUCAGGAAUUACUCCUGGUGGGCUUGGGAGACCGUGUGUGGUGCCAGGGAUGGAACCUGGGUUGGCCAUGUGCAAGGCAAACCACUAUCCUAUCGCUCUGGUGUCUUGACCAGUGGAACCCUUGGGCCCCAGGAGUGGGGGGUUCUGGCGUGGAGAGCUCCAGGGCCUGUGUGCCGGCACUUCUCUGCCCUUAGGAAGCCCCCUCACGCCGGGCUUCUCUCUGACUCCAGCAGGCAGGCCCCUGUCCUCAGCUUGCCCUGUCUUUUCCCUUUGACCCCCAAGCUUCAAAGCCUCUUGCUCUCGCCCUGUGGCUUUCCAAAGCCUUGGCUUAGCAUGGAGAUGUGACCUCUCCACGCCCUGGGCUGCCAUCAGCCUCCAGACAGCUGGCUAGAUGCUCCCUCCCAGCGCCAGCCUGGCUCCUGGCAGAACCCAGGCCUUUGGGACCCCUUGGAUGGAGGAAUCGUGGCUACCAGGCUGUGCCCACACCCAUGUACCCCCAUCAGGCUCUCUAAAGAAUGUAAACUCUUAGGGCUCCCAGCUGCUUUCCUCCCCUGGCUCUCUGCGGGAUCUUGACCACACGCCCAGCUUUCCUCUCUGCAGACACACGUGUGUAUAUAAUUAUAUAUAUAUACAUAUAUAUAUUUUUUUGCCCAGGUCUGGGUUUUGUUCCUGUCAGACCCUGGCAUCCCUUUCUACUGUGUGUGUGUUUGUGUGUGUGUGUGGGUGCGUGUGUGUGUGCACACACGUGCAUGUGUGUCUAUGAUGCCGGAGGAGAGGACUCUGCUUGGAAUUAAAGGUUGCACUGGGUCCCCUC